AUGACGUUAAGAUUAACUAGGCGUUUCGUCCAUCAAUUAUUUAUACGACGCUAUGCAUCAAAAGAUUCUUCAAUAACAACAACAACAACAACGGAUUCAAAUAAAGACUUAACAACAGAAAAAUCAUCUGAAAUCUCUACAGUAAAACGUGCAUUUACAUUAAUUAAUCCAAAAACGGUACAUGAAAUCAAACGAAUUGAUGAUACACCUAUUAAAAAUGAAAUGGAUCUAAUCCGUCAUCGAUUAACAGAAAAUCGUGUUAAAAACAUUCCAAUAGAAACUGAUGUUCUUAUUAUUGGUGGUGCUAUUAUGGGUUCAAGUAUAGCUUAUUUUCUUAAACAACGUUCACCUGAUAUGAAAGUAACUGUGCUCGAACGUGAUUGGAAUUAUACAACAUCAAGUACAGUUCUUUCUGCCGGUGGUUUACGUCAACAAUUUGCACUUGAAGAAAAUAUUCAAAUGUCUGUUUAUGGUGCUGAAUUUUUAAAACAUAUUCGUGAUCAUUUAUCAAUACUUGAUGAAGAUCCUGUACCCGUUUCAUUUCAUCAUAAUGGUUAUUUAUUAUGUGGUAGCGAACAAAGUGUGAAGCUUUUCGAAGAAAAUCAUAAAACUCAAACUUCACUGGGAGCAAAAUCAAAAUUAUUGACAGCAAGUAUGCUUAAAGAAAAAUUUCCUUGGUUAAAUACAGAUGGUAUUGCAAUUGGUUGUUAUGGUAUUCAAAAUGAAGGUUGGUUAGAUCCAUGGGCUUUGUUAAAUGCUUUCCGACAAAAAGCAUUAUCACUUGGUGUUCUAUAUCUCAAUGCGGAACUUGUUGGUUUUGAUAAAUCAAAAAGAGUAUGGGCUGAUGGAACAAUAGAAAAUCAAUUGGAUAAAGCUUUAAUUCUUUCUGCAGAUAAUAAUAGAAUAUAUCCAAUGGAUUCAUCAUUCUUUAUCAAUGCUGCUGGUCCUUGGGCUGGUGAAGUAGCUAAAAUGGCUGGUAUUGGUGUUGCUGGUGAAUAUCCAGUUGCAUUACCUGUUGAACCAAGGUAA